AUGAGAUGGAGAGGCUUCUUCUCUUCUCCUACUCCUCCUCCUCCUUUUCCUACCCUUCAUUCUUCCUCCCAUCUCUUCCUCCCCCUCUUCUUAUUCUUGUUCUUUUUCUUCUUCUUCUUUGCUUUAUCCCACCACUAUCUCUAUAUCACAUUUUCUUUCUAUUUCUCUACUCUGUGUUGCGCCCACUAUGCCCCACUUCUUUCUCGGCAACACUUUCUAUAUCUCUUUUCUGGUCUCUCCUCCGACCACUACUUCUCUCCUGCCUCUCUAACAUUAUCUAUCUCUUCUUUUCUACUCCCUCCCAUCAAAUAUGCCGCUCCCUUUCUCCUACUGUCGCUGCCCGUGUCUACUUCUAUCUUCUGCUAUAACUAUUCUCUACCUCUCUCUCUCUAUCUAUCUACAUUCCAGUCUUUCUCUAUCACUUUCUCUCUCUCCUUCGCCACUCUCUCUCACAGUUGCAUUGUGCACUCUCUCCUACAAUUGUCACUCUACUCUUGUUUCGAAGUAUUGCUUUUUUUCUCGGCUCUAUCGCCAAUCUCUCUCUCUCUUUUCGUGUCUCUAUCUAGAGAUAUAUCUGUCUAUUUUUCUACUCUCUCUCUCUCCCAUCACGACCAUUUUCCCUAA